GGCUUCCUGUGUUGGACCUAAAAACAAAAUGGCUGCUUGUGUGGCAGUUCGUCGUGCACUCGUCUCAUCGAUCACUAGGAUAACAUCAAAGAGAAGCUUAAGCAGACUWGUGUCGGACAAAAUCACCGUCAAUGGAGUUGAUUUGCAUUAUGAGAAGGCAGGCGAAGGUCCCCAAGUCGUGUUGUGCAUUCCUGGAGCAUUGGGUUCAACUCAAAGUGACUUUGGACCACAGCUUCGUGAUCUGAGCGAUCAAUUUACUAUGAUAGCAAUGGAUCCAAGAGGUUAUGGAAAAUCAAGACCUCCAGAAAGGGACUUUCCGSAGGAUUUCUAUGAACGUGAUGCUUGGGAUGGUGCCGAGCUCAUGAGAAAGUUAGGACACCGUCAAUAUUCGUUGUUGGGAUGGAGUGAUGGUGGARUUUCAGGAAUAAUUUUAGCUGCUAAUAAUCCCAGAGCAGUUGAUAAAUUGGUUGUCUGGGGGGCCAAUCCAUCAAUUACCCAAGAUGACCUUGACUUGUUUGAAAAAACCAGGGAUAUAGAUCAGUGGAAUCCUAGGAUGAGAGAGCCAUUGGAAGCCCUCUAUGGAGCUGAUGGUCUAAGGUCCAUUUGGAAAGGUUGGCUAGAUACUAUUGAAAUGAUCUACAAAGAAAAAGGUGGUCAUUUAAUACAAGAUYWGCUUCCCAAAAUCAAAUGCCCUACACUGAUAAUUCAUGGUGAAAAAGACCCUAUGUUGGCACCRUUCCAUCCUSAAUACUUGGUCAAGCAUAUACCAGGCUCUGUGCUGCAUAUGUGGCCUGRAGGAAGACACAAUAUACAUCUUCGAUAUCCCAAAGAAUUCAAUGACAUUGUUAGGCAGUUCUUUACCAAAUGAAAGCCAUUGAAUCAUGAUAGAUUUAUUGAUUGCUCAUCAAAGUUUUAAAAAACAAGUAAAAGCAGCUUUUCUUUGA